UGCGGAGCGGCCACAGCGGCGUGGGAUCUGCCUCUCUGCGAGCGGCCCAGAGAGGCGGCGGCGGCGGCGCCAUGAGCGGGGGCACCCCUUACAUCGGCAGCAAGAUCAGCCUUAUCUCUAAGGCGGAGAUCCGCUACGAGGGCAUCCUCUACACUAUCGACACCGAGAACUCUACCGUAGCUCUCGCCAAAGUUCGGUCCUUUGGUACAGAAGACAGACCAACAGAUCGUCCAAUACCACCUCGAGAUGAAGUCUUUGAAUACAUUAUAUUCCGUGGGAGUGAUAUUAAAGACCUCACUGUUUGUGAGCCACCAAAACCACAGUGUUCUUUGCCUCAGGACCCAGCUAUUGUUCAGUCUUCACUAGGCUCAUCUACUUCUUCAUUCCAGUCAGUGGGCUCCUAUGGACCUUUUGGCAGGAUGCCCACAUACAGUCAGUUCAGUCCAAGUUCAUUAGUGGGGCAGCAGUUUGGUGCUGUUGGUGUUGCUGGAAGCUCUUUGACAUCCUUUGGAACAGAAGCACCAAACAGCGGUACCCUAUCCCAAAGUAGUGCAGUUGGUUCUGCCUUUACACAGGAUACAAGAUCUCUAAAAACACAGUUAUCUCAAGGUCGUUCAAGCCCUCAGUUAGACCCUUUGAGAAAAAGCCCAACCAUGGAACAAGCAGUACAGACCGCCUCGGCCCACUUACCUGCUCCGGCACCUGUUGGGAGGAGGAGCCCUGUAUCAACCAGGCCUUUACCAUCUACCAGCCAAAAAGCAAUAGAGAAUCAAGAGCACAGGCGAGCUGAAGUACACAAAGUUUCAAGACCAGAAAAUGAGCAACUCAGAAAUGAUAGCAAGAGACAAAUAGUUCCAGGUGCUCCUUCAGCUCCAAGGAGAGGGCGUGGGGGUCAUCGAGGUGGCAGGGGAAGAUUUGGUAUUCGACGAGAUGGUCCAAUGAAAUUUGAGAAAGACUUUGACUUUGAAAGUGCAAAUGCACAAUUUAACAAGGAGGAAAUUGACAGAGAGUUUCAUAAUAAACUUAAAUUGAAAGAAGAUAAACUUGAGAAACAGGAGAAGCCUGUAAAUGGUGAAGAUAAAGGAGACUCAGGAGUUGAUACCCAAAACAGUGAAGGAAAUGCAGAUGAAGAAGAUCCACUUGGACCUAAUUGCUAUUAUGACAAAACUAAAUCCUUCUUUGAUAAUAUUUCUUGUGAUGAUAAUAGAGAACGGAGACCAACCUGGGCUGAAGAAAGAAGAUUAAAUGCGGAAACAUUUGGAAUACCACUUCGUCCAAACCGUGGCCGUGGAGGGUACAGAGGGAGAGGAGGUCUUGGUUUCCGUGGUGGCCGAGGGCGUGGUGGUGGCCGAGGUGGUACAUUCACCACCCCUCGAGGAUUUCGUGGUGGAUUCAGAGGAGGUCGUGGGGGCAGGGAGUUUGCAGAUUUUGAAUAUAGGAAAGACAACAAAGUUGCUGCAUAGUCUACAAACAAGUCUUUGAAAGUAGAUGGAUUUCUAGCUCUUCAUGUUCCUGAGAAUUGGUUUCAAUCUGUGCGAAGAAUGAAGAAGUGAUUUUGCUGUAUAUUUGUCACCAGCACUGGGUUUUUGGUUGUUUUCCUGCUUAAUUUCAAAGAUUCAAUGCAGUUACUUUUCGGGGGGUGGGGGGGGCUCAUCUUAAAAAAUGAGCAUUAAAUAUAUUUGGAAUAGCAGAAGGCUAAGUAAUUUCUUAUGUAUAGUUAAACUAAAACAGUACUCCAGUGGGACUUACAAGUAUUUUUUCAUCACUGAAAGGGUUUUUCUUAUCACUAAAUUGUAUUUGGCAAUUAUUGCAAGUUUCCUGCAGAUAGGGCCGUGAUACUGUGUUUUGAGCCAGAGGAGGGUGUGUGUGUGGGUGUGAGUGUGUGUAUGUGUGUGUGUGUGUGUUUAUU